GUACCACACAAGCUUCCAGGCUGCCAACUCGCCAAAACACCUCCAGAACCAGCGCAAUACACGGCCUUGCCACAACCUGCCUCUCAUUCUCUGGCGAGGGUCUCGAGAGUUCGUGUUUACAGCAUGUCACCAUCGCGAAUCCCUUGACUCCCACGGCGCUUGGCUCUAGUGCGUGUGUCUAGGCGGUCUUGCCAGCGCCCUGGUCGCACCUUUUACACUGUCGCAAACUACCUGCCUACUUAGGGUACGCCAAGUAGUCUCGUGCUGCUUCACCAUGGACAGACUUCCAGCUGAGAUCAUCCUCUCCAUACUGCAGUACUGUAUCGCCAACCACUAUGGCGACAAGAACUCGUUGCUUGGCAUGCGGCGGGUCUGCAAGCUGUUUGACGACGUCUUGCGCACCUCCACGCUCAUGACGCUACAGCUCGAGUUUACCCGGCUGGACAAGCUCGGCAGGAGCCGUCGUCCUCCAGACGAGCGUGCCUUGGAGCGUAUAGGCCAUCUCUGUCGGGCCCUUUAUCUCGACAUGAUGGUGAUUCGAGAUGAUGGCGAGGUUCGAUUCUUGGGCAGGAUAUUUCACAAGGUGCCUGCCAUGGAACCCUUUGUGACCAAGUUGCGCACUCGUUACUGUAUGAAUGACAGCUCAUUCACCGAGGUUGAAUAUCGUGAGCAUCUGGGCACGCUUUUGCGACAUACGACGAACAUGACCGCCACUCGUCUUAAUCUCCCAUUCCAACUCAUUUCCCGGCACUGCCAUGCGGCCACUAUGAUCAUGGGCAACACCUUUGAGGCUCUAGCGCAACGGGACUGGGAGGUGGCGAAGCCGCUCGAGACUCUGGUGAUCGAAAACCUGACCGACACGACCGUCGUCAAACUGUGGCAUAACCCGCGCGACGUGAAAAACAUUAUCGAUGUCUUCAGACACCUGAAGCAUCUAUUGCUAUCAGUUCGGAGGCACGAAGAAGGCCACGUGCACACGAUCGCCUUCCGUAACAGGCUGUGGGAAAUGAUAGGGAAAGCACCAAGCCUCGAAAGCCUGUGCCUCAUUGGCCUGGAUCUCGACGACAGGCCGUUCGAGGUCGUCAAGACAUCAUCACAAUCGAGCCUUUCUCUCGAGGAGUGGCAGUUCCGGUCCAUACCUACCAUACGGAAACCUCCAAAGUCAGCCCUACCCCAUCUGGCCUACCUCGAGCUCCGGCGUGUGGAGGUCAUGGGUUUUGGCUUGCUGUCCAUGCUUCGAUGUUUCAGUGGGUCACUUAAGGAGCUCUAUCUAGACCAGGUGUACUUGAAGACAAUACACCACCCCGAGCCACCACCGGAGCCCGACAGCACCCUAUGGAUAGGACUGCCAAAUGUCCGGCCCCCGCAGAAUCACCGGUGGAUUGCCGUGCAAAUACGUCAGAUGCGCAGCCAACUCCGCGUCUGCCGGGCAUCAAGCUUGGGGUACGAUCAGUACACGAUGGGACAAGGCCGCCAAAAUCCUGCCUACUACGACUUCGAUGACCCGUGCGGGCUGUAUCGGACCUUUGAGCAACGCUUUGUCGAGGUUGCCAUGGGCGUGAAACAGCCGCCGCAUGCAGUGACGGACGAGCCGGUGGCAUACCUACCCGAGGAAGAGACACAGGCCUGGGCAGUGGCAGAAGAUGAAAGACCGGCAGAGAUGCAGCGGGCGUCCUGGGAUGCAGUGGAAUAUCUUGCCCACCACAACCCGACGUCGAUCUGGCAAAAGGCGAUUGACUGCAACUUUCCCAACUGCAAUCAAUUCACGCUGGACGAGCUGCAUCACAUGGCAGACACGGCCUGCGAGGGCAUGAACGAAGUGAAUAAGCUGCGGCAUGAGGAUGAAGGGCUUGGCUGGUUCACAGGACAGGCUGAAGACUAUAACUCAGAAGGUGCUUAGCCAGAGUAGAGUUUGCUGGUUCCGAUCGACAUGGCCUUUGUCUCCGACUGCCUGAAAAGCCGCACGCUAAGCCAUCAUACCCAGAGGCCAGGACCUUGCCAAAUGUUUCGGUGGCGGUCAGUCGCGGCCUGCCGCUCCUCAUGACUGAACAUAAUAAUAGUGACAGACUGGAGCGAAAGCACGGGUCGAACCGUCACAAGCGUUGGCGUUUGCAGGCAGGGUCCACCCAGGAACAACAACACCAGGCAGGGGUCGUGACAGGUGGUCGGGCAGGGGGCCAGGCUUGGUAACCGACGGGGCGGUGAAGGGUCGCGGGUCGCCGCGGGCGGGCGCAUUCGUUAGGACACGAAGUCUCUCAGCCCUGUUUCCAUAGAAAACAUGCACCAAAGCUCGUCGGCCCGGCACUCUGCUCACUAACACGGGAGUGCCCAGGUGGUUUCCACCCCCUGAACCAACCCCCUUCGGGGCUAGCACGCGUCGACACUACUGGCUGA